CCCACCCCGUUCUGCAGACUCCUCUUCACGGACUCCUCGUAGGUCCUUCUGUUUUCCUGCCAUGCCGCCCAGAAACAAGCGCCCAAAGAAGGGAUUGCACCGGAUUGACGCCGCACUAGAUGCAAUGCGGCCGUUAGGGUUUGCAAACGACGCCGUUCGCAAAUCAGUCAAAGAUCUCCUGAAGGUUUAUGGAGACGAAGGGUGGAUAUUCAUUGAAGAGGGGUCAUACAGGGUUCUAAUUGAUGCCUUGUUGAGCGGAGAAACAGAAUCUGUUCAAGAACCCGAUGCGGAGAAAAGAUGUGUUCUUGACAGUUCCAAUUUGCAGAGAAACGCUGAAACUUCAGCGAACGAGCAGGGCAGUGAGAUGGUUAGUGUAGACUAUGAUAGGGAUAGUAAAGUUAUUGAUGAAAUUGGAGUAUCUGAUAAAGAAAUGGAAAACCAAAGCAAAUGUAUAGAUAAAACAAUCAGAGCUGAGACCAGACCGUUUGGUGUGGCCAAGGAUAUUGAUGAUACACAGCAACUUCAUGUGGGUUUUGCUUCUAAAUCAUCUCUUCCAAAGAUGGAGACUAAAUCUUCCAACCGACUGAAAAAACCUUGUUAUGGAUGGAUUAGUGAUGAUGAAGAGGACGAUGAAGUUGAUAAUCUUAACAUAGCUUAAUUAUGUUCAUAAGUAACUGACGAUAUGGAAAAUAUCUUUGCCCCUUGUUAUAUGUAAUUUUUUUUUGCAAAACGUAAAGUUUAAAAGUAUUGUUGAGAAACAUGAUCUCAUCAAAUGUCAGUGCUAUUACAUUUUUUGUAAAUGAUGUGCUUGUAGUAUAUGAGAAAUAGGAGCCACUACUAAA